UUGAAUGUUGGAAGCAAACAUCCCGUUUCUCAUAUUACAUUUAACGGCCAAACAGUACAUUUGUAUUAAAAAUUAUAUAUUGUGAUGAUUCAAACUAGUCUUUUCUAUUGCUUGUUGUAUGAUAUCUGAAAAUUAAGAAUAUUGCAAUAAUAUUUAACUGAACAUAGAAAUUCCUUGAAGGUCCUUUAGCAAGUUAAACUAUAUCAUAGAAAAUGUCUUCGAAUUCGGAAGAUUGUCCCGUUUCACUCAAAAUUCUGUAUCCAGUUAUUGCGUGCAGUAAAUUAUUUGGUUAUGGUACUAAGAAGAAUAUGGGAAAAUUUCAGCAGAAGCCAUAUAAACUGUUCGAAGUGUAUUCCCUCUUCAUUGAAUUGUUUCUUUAUGCAAAUAUCGUCAUCAUCGUCUUAAACUUUGCAACUGGUGAUAUUAUAUGUGGAAAAUGGACUGAGCUGUUUUCUGGCAAUGAACAUUUCUUAUAUCCUGUAUGCCUGGUAUCCAUUAUUGUCCAUACGUUGCAGUUCAGUUUCUUGAAGCGUAAAAAAUAUGUAUUCCCUAACAACCAAACCACAUACCAUAACGAAGAAAUGACAGUAAAUUUGCUGCAAUUUGUAUGGUACAUUUCAUUAAAAUUAUAUUUUAUGUUGCAAAUAGUGCUAUUAUUUUUUCUCGAUUUCUUCCUAUAUCAAGCAAUGGAAGGAUCAUCUGAUAUAGAAAUUGUUUUUUGUUAUAUUGACAUACACCUAUUAUAUACAUAUAUUAUAGGGCAGUUCUAUUCUCAUUUCUCACUUUUUGUAUCUACGGCAUUACUGCUGUUCUUUAGAUUUAAUAUUAUUUCACAGCAGUUUAUAGAAAUUCGGUAUAAAUUUCAAAAUUUAGGAUACGUUAUUGAAGACAUUAUACAGAAACAUUCAGAAUUAUUGCACGACAUUGAUUGUAUCAAUGAAUUAUAUAACAUGACAUUCGCUAUUAUAUACUGUUUUUUUCUAUAUCUUAUUUCUCUCCUCAUUGUUAGUGCAUUAUUUUUGAAUUUGCCUUCUUUUUACGUCUAUUGUUUAUUACAUUUAUCAAUGGUAAUGGUAAUAGUCGUUACCAUGAUUUCUUUUGGGUUAUCUAAAUUUUCUUCUUCGAUUUACGGAGAUUUUAUUGAAAUGAAUCGAUAUUCCUCUGCAAGAUUUAUUCUUGAGUACAAGUUAAAGAUGCUGAAUUUCAUGAAGAGAUUUGCAAAAACGCCGAUUGGAGUAUCCGUGGGAGGAUUCUUUUAUGUAAAGAAGAACUUUCCAGUUAGAAUUCUCUGUCGAUUUUAUUCAAUACUUUCUGCGUUCAUUGAAUUGGGACAGAGUAAUAAGAAGGCAACGUGUCAUUCGGACGGGUUCCUGCUGUCAAUUUUCAACAAAACAGAAUAAAGAAGUAGUUUUUAAAUAAAAUACUUACAAUGAUUUCUCCGAUGGAAAUGUAAGAAGAUUUCUUUCUACAUUUCCAUCCUGAAUGUGGAUCGUGGUUAUUUCGGAGUACAGUACUCGGUUUUUAUAGCAGAUUUUUCC